AUUAGACGACUUUCCCACCGUGAUACCUUCCUUGCCUUCAUUCUUUAGGUAGUUUACUCUCUUUUGUCUCCAUAUUUGCGUGAUCUCAAUCUGUCAAUCUUUAUCUCCGCCCUCCCAAGCUCCUCAGAAUUACUAAAUCUGUCAUCGCCUCCUCGAUUCCGAUGACGAUAGAGCCGACGCAAUCGCCGUCGUCGGAGACGGAGGUUCACUCUGGCGAGGACUUCGUUCACAUCGAUGACCCUAGGCCUACCGGCGAUAUGUCCUUAAGCGACAGCAUAGUUAAUGUGGAGAAGGACGAACUGCUCGACGAAGCGGUUGAGGAGGAUUUUCAAGACUCUGAUUCUGUUGUUGUUGCCGGCGGCGAUGGAAUCGGCGCUGGUGCGGAUGCUGGUGAUGGCGGCGAGUCUUCAUCGGAGUCGGUUAAAGCGGAGCUACCUGAUGAAUUGGCCAAAAGCGUUGUGAUUCUGACGUGCGAGUCCACAGCGGAAGGUGGAUCUUGCGAUGUCUACUUGGUUGGUACUGCUCAUGUGUCAAAGCAAUCCUGUCUUGAAGUUGAAGCAAUAAUCAGCAUCUUGAAACCAGAGGUUGUCUUCGUGGAGUUGUGUUCAAGCCGAUUGUCUGUUCUCAAACCUCAGACUUUGAAGAUUCCAACCAUGUCGGACAUGAUAGAAAGUUGGAAGCAGAAACAGAACACAUUCGGAAUACUAUAUGGAUGGUUUCUUGCAAAGAUCGCCAGUCAUCUUGAGGUUUUUCCUGGUGCUGAGUUUCGUGUGGCGUAUGAAGAGGCAAUUAAAUACGGCGGCAAGGUGAUACUUGGUGACCGUCCUGUACAGAUUACACUAAAAAGAACAUGGGCCAAAAUGCCUCUGUGGCACAAAGUAAAGUUUUUAUAUUCCAUACUGUUUCAAGCUGUCUUCUUGCCCAGCUCUGAGGAACUCGAGAAAAUGCUGAAAGAUAUGGACAAUGUGGAUAUGGUGACUUUGGUGAUUCAAGAAAUGAGCAAGGAAUUCCCAACUCUCAUGGAUACAAUAGUGCAUGAGAGAGACCAGUACAUGGCAUCGUCUUUGCUGAGAGUUGCAAGUGAGCAUAGUUCGGUUGUGGCAGUUAUUGGGAAAGGGCAUAUUAAUGGAAUCAAGAAAAAUUGGAAGCAACCUAUAACGAUGAACGAUCUAAUGGAGAUACCGAGCGACAAGUCAGUGUUUACAGUAAAGAGGAUAAUAUCGUCAGUGGCAAUGGCAGUUGCAGGGACAGCUAUAGUUUCGGGUAUACUUCUUGCAAGAAGAAGAUGAAAAAGAUUGUGGUUGGUGCUGGUGCAGAGUUUUCUCUAUAUUCUCCUGAGAGCCAUACGAAGGAAUGAUACAAACUCAAAAAUAACUUUUACACCCGUUACUCUUUUUCUUUUUAGUUUUUUAUUUUCUUUGUACGUUGGUUGAUGAAAAUAAUGAAGCUUUCUUUUUGUUUUGGUCUUUCGGUAUUUUUCUUUUUUGAUAAUUAGAAAUUUAGAACUAAAUCGAGUUGUUUGA